AUGAAUGAAAAAUUUGAAACAAAAAUUGAACUAAAAGUUUUACUUGGUAGUAAAUCUAAAUCUGAAGACAUUCAAUUGACACUUGAUUUUAUUUUAUUUGAACAGGGAAAAGAGAAAUUUCAAAUUGGUAAAUUAAGUGAUUAUGUUAUUAAGCAAGAUCUUUUACUUGGACAACAAAUGUCUGUUUUGUUAUCAUGUCCAUUUCAAAUAAUAUCUCCAGAAUUUAUUAGUAUAUUAAAUUUACUUACAGAAACACUAAAACCAAUGUCUGUUUAUUUUUUUGUAACAAUUGGAAGAUUUUCAAAAAGUCAUGAAAAUUAUGAAUUAAUGAAUAAAGCUGUACAUAUAUAUAAAAUAGGAUGGGGUAAUUAUUAUUAUCCUGGUACUUUUAUUGAUCAUUAUAAUGUAACAGAAUUAUGGUCAAAAGAAUAUAUUAAUGAUAAUAUAGAGUUUCGUAGAUUAUAUGAAAAUAACUGUGGAAAUAUAUCACCUAUAUUUGCUGAUUUUUAUCAUGAUAGACAAUAUAUGGAAAUAUAUUUUGCCAUACCUAUGUGUAAUCAAGAUUGUACAAUUGAACAAAGAAAACAAAGUGUAGCUAAGAUUGUCUUAUAUUAUAAUAAAAUUAUUAAAAUGUCAAUUAAUGAUAUAAGAGAAGAUAAAAAAGAAAGUGGUAUGUACAUUGCAAGUCUUUAUUUUUGGACAAUGAAUCCUGUUUCAGUUUAUUAUUAUCAAUAUGUUGUUGCAAAAAUUGGUGAAAAAGAAAGAAAAUUCUGGGAGUAUAAACAAACAAGAUCAUUUAUUGAUGAAAAUUCAUCAUAUGUUAAAGAAGCUAUACAUGAAUCAUCAAUUUUUUAUAUUCAAUUAAGAUUAUCAAGUAAUGAUUUAAUGAAUUUAAUUGAAAGAUUUAAAUCUUUAACAUCAAAAGAGGUGGAGUUUACUAAUUGGAGAUUGUUAACUUUUGAUAGAAAUUUUUAUGUUGAAAAACCAUUUCAAAAUAAAGAAUGCAAAAAAAAAAUUGAUAAUCAAAGUGAUUUUUCAUUGUCUUAUUUAAUUGAUGCUGUUUUUUCACGUGGAUUUAAUAUCAAAGACCAACUAUUAACUUCUUCUAAAAGAAGAGAUGAUUUUUUAGAUAUGAUUUUAAAAUUUUAUCAGGAGAAUAGAAAAGUUACUUUACUUUCAUUGGAGUCAUUUAUUAAUAAAUUAGAUGAAUCAAUUGUUGUAGGAGAUAUUUUAAAUAUAUUUGAAUGGGUUUAUAAUAAUGAAUCUAAAAAUGUUGAAAUAACAGAUGCUAUAAAAGAACAUGAAAAAAAGGAACAUUAUGUAUAUGUUAGAAAAAUUGUUAUCACACCUACAAGAAAAAUUUAUAGACCACCAGAAUUAAUGAUGCAUAAUAGAAUGUUACGUCAAUUUGAUCCAAAUGGAAAAAAGACAUUAAGAAUUUUAUUUAGAGAUGAUAAUAAACGACCAAUAAAAGAAGUUAGGAAUGAAUAUAUUAUAGAACAAGUUUUAAAUGAUUGUCUUGAUAAUGGAUUAAAUGUUGGAGGUCAGUUAUACAAUUUUCUUGGAUCAUCAAACUCUCAAAUGCGUGAUGGAGGAUGUUAUUUUUAUAGGGGGACAACAGAUGAAAUAAUUGAAUUAAGGAAGAACUUUGGGUUUAUUAAACAGGAAGUUGUUCCAAAAAUGAUUGCACGUAUAGGGCAAUGUUUUACUCAGGCUUUAAUAGCAGAAAAGGCUAUUGUUCAAGAAAAUAGAAUGUUAAGAGAUCCUGACUAUGAAACUCCUCGUUGGAUAGGUAGCAAUGAAAAAGUUGGAUGUUAUUCAGAUGGAUGUGGAAUGAUUUCAUAUAAUAUGGCAGAAAACAUUUUUAAAAGUUUAAAUAUUUUUAAUCUUGUUUCCUCAUGCUAUCAAUUUCGUUUUAGAGGUUACAAAGGAGUUCUUUCUGUCUGUCCACAUUUAGAUAAAUCAAAUAAAUUAGCUGAAAAAAAUAAGAUUAAUCUUAUAGGUUUUGCAAGGAAAAAUAAUUCAAUACUUAAACAUGAAUUCGCAGUAGAUAGUGUUUUUAGAUUUUCACAAUUAAAAUUUAAAGGUAACUCAGAAGAUCGACAUCUUGAAAUUGUUAAAUCUUCACAACCAUCAUUACUUUCCUUAAAUAGACCAUUGUUAAACGUUAUGGAUCAAGUUUCAAAAAGACAGUCUUACAAAUGUAAUAAAAGAAUAUGUAACAGAGUUCAUGAAUUGUUUGAUGUUCAUGUUUCAUCAAUUAGAAAAUGCUUACUUACUGAAAGAGGAGCAUUUGAAAUUUUAUCUUCUAUGCCAAUAAAAUGUUUUGGUGUCAAUCAAUUAAAUAAUCCAAAAGUAGUUUCAUUUCAAGUAGAACCAUUUUUUAAAAGUAUGAUUAAUUCAUAUGCUUUAUUUCAAGUUCAAAAAGUUUUAAAAAAACUUAAAAUCCAAAUACCAUGUAAUAUGGGAAGAACAAUGUUUGGAAUAAUUGAUGAAACAGGUAUACUUGAAUAUGGACAAGUAUUUGUUCAAUAUCAUGAGAAUAUGAAUGUUAUGACAAAUAUGAAUGAUAUUAAUACAAAAAAAAUAAUUCAUAAAGGUAAAGUUAUGAUAACUAAAAAUCCUACUGUUGUAUCUGGUGAUGUAAGAAUUUUUGAAGCAGUUGAUGUUCCUGAACUUCAUGAUAUGGUUGAUGUAGUUAUUUUUCCACGUGAUGGACCACGUCCUCAUUCGGAUGAAAUGGCAGGAAGUGAUUUAGAUGGUGAUGAAUAUUCAGUAUUUUUUGAUGAAAGUUUAUUUAUUGACUACAAUAUGCCUGCUUUUGAUUUUGAUGCUGGUAAAUCUGUUAAAGAUGUUAAAGUAGGUGUUAAAGAUGAAAAUGAGUUAGAUAUAAGAAUGAAAGAAUUUAUCAAAGAUUUUUUAAAAACUGAAAGUAUUGGAACAUUAGCAUCAUCUCAUUUAAUGCAGUCUGAUUUUUUUGGACUUGAUUCUGAAGUUUGUGUUAAAAUUGCUAUUAAACACAACAAAGCUCUUGACUUUGCAAAAACUGGAGAAUUUCCAGAACAAUUAACUACAAGAUGGGAAGGAAAUGUACCACCAGAAACACCAAAAGUUGUGGCAGAUAUUUUUGAAUAUCGUGCUUUGAAAAAACCUUCCUAUGAAUCUAGUCGUUUGAUAGGAGAAUUGUUUAGACGUUUACACAAUUUAGAAACUCUUUUAUCUACAUCUUCUAGUAAUUUUGAAAAUGAUAUACAAAAAAAAAAUCCUUUAUUUGACAUAACUAAUUGGAAUGAACAAUAUACAUUAGCAACAAAAUUUUACUAUAGAUAUGCUGCUGCAAUCACAAGUCUUCAAGAUACAUAUGGAAUAGACAAUGAAGCUGAAUUAUUUAGUGGUUUCAGAUUAAAUGUUCGAAAUAAAAUUACAGAUAAUGAUGAUGAUGAUAUGUCUUAUUUCAAUACAGAUUUAGUAAUAAGAAGAAAAUUAAAAUUAAUUCUUUAUAAUUUUAAAAUUGAAAUACUUAAAAAUUUUGGUGAUAUAGAUAAAUUUUUUAAUGAUCUUCCUAAAGAAGAGUCUAAUGAACGUAUAGAAAUAGUUUUAGAACAACCUUUGGCAAUUUAUCCAGAAACUUUAAAAAAGUUUGUUAUUGCUGCUUAUCAUGUAUCAUAUGAUAUGGUUAAAUGUGGUGCAUUUAAUAUAUAUUCAUUUCCUUGGAUAUUUUGGGAUGUUUUAAAAAAAGUUGGUUCAUUGAAUUUAGUUAGAAUGGAAAAUAAACAAUUUAUUACUUCAAAAUAUUUUGAUUCUUUACUUACCAAUCAUAUUAAUGAAUAUAUUUUAUCAGAUACAAAAAAAGAUAGUUUUGAAAAAUUUUGUCAUGAAUUAAAAAAUAAUCAACAAUUAAAAGAAUGUUAUAGAUAUGUCAAACGAUAUAUUAAUUUGGAUAAAUUAUUAUAUUUUCUUUUAGAAUGGGCAAAAGAAUGGAAUAUUAUACCUAAAGUAAAUAAACAUUUGUUGAUUGUUUUGUUUAUUCAAUUAUUAUGUGGUUACUACAAUAUUAAUUCAAUUGAAUCAUAUAAUUUUAUAGAUAAAAUAUCAGAAUUAACAAAUGAAGAAUUGAUGACUCCAAUUGAUAUAAAUUCUAUUCACGGUGGUUCAGGAAGAUUUUGUCUUGACAUUCUUUCUUUUUUAAGUUCAUAUCAAUUUAAAAAUUUAAAUCAUAUAUUUGGAUGGGAUAUGGAAAUGGGAUGUGAAUAUGCUUUACUAAAUUUUGAAUGGAUUUCUAUUUACAAUGCUGCUGUAGAAACUAUUAAUAAUUUAGCUUUUUCUCAUACUUUUGAUGCAUUACCUCAAAUUAUAAAAAAAGUAUGUAAAUAUCAAAGUUUUCCACCUAUGACUGUAUAUUUACCAAAAGAAGUAUCAAUUUGUGCUUUAACAAUAUUUGAAAAAAUAAAAAGAAUUUCUGGUUUAAAAAAAAUUCAUCAUAGAAAAAAUGAAAAUUCAUAUAAAAGUAUAAAAAAUGUAACAGAAUGGGUUUUAACACCAAUUGGAACUUAUGAAUCAUAUAUAAAAUUUAAAGGUAUUGUUAGACCAGUGAUUCCCACAAGCAUAAAUAUUAUACAUGAAAUUGAUUUGGCUCAUUAUAUAGCAAUGAAGUUUUUUGCAAAAGUAAAUAAUGUUUCUAUUUUUAAUUCCUAA